AUGAAAGCCUUAAUUUUGGUUGGCGGCUAUGGCACACGACUCAGACCGUUGACAUUAUCCGUUCCCAAACCUUUAGUCCAAUUUUGUAACAAACCAAUUCUCUUCCAUCAGAUUGAGGCUUUAGUUGAGGUGGGUGUCCAACAUAUUAUAUUAGCGGUCAGUUAUCGUGCUGAAUUGCUAGUUCAAGAGUUAGCGAGCCUAGAAAGCAAGCUUGGAAUUACAAUCACAACCUCUCUUGAAGAAGAGCCUCUUGGAACCGCCGGUCCGUUGGCGCUAGCUCGCAAACAUCUUUGUGUCGAUUCAGACCCGUUCUUUGUCUUAAAUAGUGAUGUUAUUUGCCAAUAUCCUUUUGGGCAAAUGCUUAAAUUUCAUCGUAAUCAUGGAAAGGAAGGAACUAUUGUAGUAACUAAAGUUGAAGAACCUUCCAAGUACGGUGUCGUGGUGUAUGAAUCCUCAACUGGUAAAAUUCAAAGAUUUGUGGAGAAGCCGAAGGUUUUUGUAUCCAAUAAGAUCAACGCUGGCAUGUACAUUUUUAAUCCAGCCAUUUUGGAUAGGAUUCCCCUUAAACCUACAUCAAUUGAAAAAGAAGUAUUUCCAGUAAUGUCUCAAAACGGAGAACUAUUCUGUACUGAAUUAGAAGGAUUCUGGAUGGAUAUAGGCCAACCUAAAGAUUAUUUAAUUGGAAUGUGCUUAUAUCUUAAUCAUCUAAAGCAGCAGAAUCAUAGUUCCUUAUAUCAAGGAUCAGAGAUUUCUGGUGGCGUUUUAGUUGAUUCAUCCGCUAAGAUUGGUAAGAACUGCCGCAUUGGACCAAAUGUUGUUAUAGGACCCGAUGUUGUUAUAGGAGAUGGUGUCCGACUUUCUCGGUGUACCAUCCUAGCUGGAUCACGAAUACAGUCUCAUUCGUGGCUUAACUCUUGCAUAGUUGGAUGGAAAUGUGCUAUUGGUAGAUGGGCUCGUAUUGACGGUGUUACGGUACUUGGAGAAGACGUGCAAGUCAGUGAUGAAAUUUAUUUGAAUGGCGCUCGGGUUUUACCUCAUAAAUCGAUUUCAUCAUCUGUUCCUGAACCACAGAUUAUUAUGUAG